GAGAAUUACACCAUAAGUGUUGUAUUUGGUGACGACCAUGGCGCACUGGCUGUAUCAAAGGCGUAUGAGUACGUAAAACCGCAGUAAGAGUCGUACUCUCGCGUGGCUCGCUCACUUUGACAGCCUCGCUCUCUCUGACAGUCUUGGGGCUGCCACUCAUCACAACAUCACCAGGGCGUUUCAGCCAGCCAGCCAGACGAAACACACUAUUACACAAUAAAUACACACCUUUGAGCUGCCGCCGUUAUCUCAGGAGGACAGCCGUUCCUUGCUUCGGAGAAAAAGAGUCAUGCUAUGACUUGUUGGGGAAAAAUUGCUAUGUUUGGUCUGUGGUGGCAAGGGAUUCAACUCUGCUCACUCACAACAAGCAGCGGUUCAGUCAUUACGACAUGCCACGUUGAUGUGACGAAAAUGAACAAACCGAAGAUGGCCUCAGAGAAGGGUGUUCCCAAUAACUCCAGAGUGCAGAUCCUGCUGACCCAGCUGGAGAAGAUGACCGGGGACUCCAUGGUGAGGGAACCUGAGAUGGCGCGGCAGAUCACCUCCAAGCUCCUACAUCUUAUACAGACACAAGAGAAGACAUCGAAGGAGGUGAUGUCCAAAGGCACCAGCGGCAUGGAGGUCAUCCUGACUUCACUGGAGACCACCCGGGACAUCCAGACGAUUAUGAACAUCCUAUCCAUUCUCAGCGAACUACUGACCUUGGGUGAGAAAAGAUGCAAAGGACGCAGGGUGGGGGCCUUUGUAUCAAAAGGAGGAACAGCCGUCUUACUCCGCAUUCUAAUCAAUGCCAACAAAGAGAUUCACCCCAACGAGGAGCUCAUGUUGCAUCUUCAUUCCCUACUGGCCAAGGUGGGCCCGAAAGACAGGAAGUUGGGCGUAAAGGCGCGUCUGACUGGUGCUCUGCACGUCACAAUAAACCUGAUCAAGAAGAACCUCCACAAUGUCAAGCUGGUCCUGCCCUGUUUGCAGGUUCUUAGGGUGUACUCGGCCAACAUUGUGAACGCCAUAGCCUUGGGCAAAAGCGGAGCCAUCGAUAUGAUGUUCAAGAUUGUGGCACCGUACAGCAAGAAGAACGCGAGCCUGAUUAAGGUCGCUGUGGAUGCACUUGUUGCUCUGCUCAAAUCCAAAACAAAUGCUCGGCAAACAGUGGAGGGUGGCUACGUUCCCACCCUGCUCGCCCUCUACCUGGACUGGCAUCGCAACGACACGUUGCAUCGUCAUACGGUGAUCCGCAAGGGACUCCUGGGCUGUCUGCGCAAUGUCACCAACAUCAAGUUGGGCAGGCGGGCGUUUACGAAAGCAGAUGGCAUGCGCAUUCUGUACAACUGUUCCACCGAGUGUCUCUCAUUGCGCACCUUGGAUCCUCUUGUCAAUGGCUCAAGUCUCAUCAUGAGGAAGUGCUUCCCCAAAAACCGCCUGCCUUUGCCGACCAUCAAGUCAGCUUUCCAUUAUCAGCUGGAGUACGGGCUGGCUUCAGGGCCUGUCACACAGCUAUACAACCAACCUCCCGGCGGAAGAACACAUGCACAGCUCAGCAAGCCCUUAAAGAAGGUGGACGACGUGGUGGAUGAAAGUGACGAUAACGAGGACACAGAGGCAGACACGGAGAACGAUACGGAGAACGAGGAAGAUGAGAAGGAUUGUCGCUCACUGAAUGACGACAUUGAAAAAGAUAUAAACAAGCUAAAACCCCAGGAGAUCCCGAGCCGACCUUACGAAGAGUUAAAAGUCUACGAGAAAUUUUUCAUGGAGUUGUCUCAAGACUUCCAGGGUUUCAACUUUGGAUCCUCUACCACAUCUUCAUCGGCUCAAUCUGCUCAGCCCAUCGUUGUGCCCACCGCUCAAGUGCCGUCCCCAAAUCACGUCACCGCACGGAGCACUGAAGAUGUCUGUGACUCUUCUGCUCCCACUCCCGCUCUCCGCCCUUUGCAGCUGGAUGCCAGUGAUUUUGCCAAGGGCCCCAACAAAAAACAGGAGACACAUAAUCAACCAGCGGAGCAGAAACUUCGUAAAUGUGUCUCCUUAAAUGCAGCUCCGUUGAGAGUCAAACAAAAAGAAACGCUAGUUAGUGCGCUGAAGGCCACGCAGCCCCCUCUGCUUUUGGAGGGCAUCACCAUUCGCUGUUUAGCAGGAGGUGGAUCAGACUGCGGCUCAGAGGGCGCAGAGGAUGAAAUUGGUGAAGGCGCUGUCCUGGAGGUACCCGACACAGCUCAGCUUCUCCCUUUGCAUGACCUGGACCUUUACGUGAAGAUGGUGAAGGGGACAAAGUCUGUGCCGUGCUACACUGAGGUAGCCUACCCGGACUACUUUGGACACGUGGCCCCCACGUAUAGAGAGCCCCUUCUGGAUAGGUUGUACGGGGUACAGAGGUCUAAGAUAUUCCAGGAUAUCGAGAGGUUGAUUCAUCCAAAUGACAUCAUGGAAAAAGUCGUUUACGACCUUGACAUUCCCAGUUGUCCCGUGAUUGAAAGCGCUGGCGAGUCACUGAGGUUCAAUUCUCAGUUUGAGUCCGGCAACCUCCGGAAGGCCAUUCAGAUCAGGAAGUACGAGUAUGACCUGAUUCUGAACUCGGACAUCAACAGCAACCACCACCACCAGUGGUUCUACUUUGAGGUGAGCGGCAUGCGUGUGGGAACCAUGUACCGCUUCAACAUCAUCAAUUGUGAAAAGUCCAACAGCCAGUUCAAUUAUGGCAUGCAGCCGCUGAUGUACUCGGUUCAGGAGGCCAUCAGUGGCAGGCCUUGCUGGGUCAGAACAGGAACAGACAUCUGUUACUAUAAGAACCAUUUUGCCAGGAGUUCCAUUGCAACUGGCGGUCAGAAAGGGAAGUCCUACUACACGAUGAGCUUCAGCACCGCCUUCAGCCACAAGGAUGACGUCUGCUACUUUUCCUAUCACUACCCGUACACGUAUUCCUCUCUUAAGAUGCACUUGUCAAAGCUAGAGGCUUUGAAGGCCCCUGAGAUUUACCUGCGAGAGGAUGUCCUUUGCGAGACGCUGGGGGGAAACAGCUGCCCGCUCCUCACCGUCACCGCCAUGCCGGAGUCUAACUCCAGUGAUCACAUCUGCCAGUUUAGAAAUCGUCCAUUGAUCUUCCUUUCAGCCAGAGUGCACCCUGGGGAAACCAAUGCCAGCUGGGUGAUGAAAGGGACGCUGGAGUUUCUGAUGGGUACGAGCCUGCUGGCGGCCAACUUACGAGAGUCUUACAUCUUCAAGAUCGUGCCCAUGCUCAACCCGGAUGGUGUCAUCAAUGGAAAUCAUCGUUGUUCUCUGAGCGGGGAAGAUUUGAAUCGCCAAUGGCAGAACCCCAAUCCUGAGCUGCACCCGACCAUCUACCACACCAAGAGCCUGUUGCAGUACCUUGCACACACGCAACGAGCACCACUGGUUUUCUGCGAUUACCACGGCCAUUCCAGAAAGAAGAACGUAUUCAUGUACGGCUGCAGUUUGAAGGAAACAAUAUGGCAGUCCAACAUCAGCACGGCGUCCAAUGACAUAGAAGAGGACCUCGCAUACAGGGCCCUACCAAAGAUCCUCUCCCAGAUCGCGCCGGCCUUCAGCAUGGCCAGCUGUAGUUUUGUGGUGGAGCACUCCAAGGAAUCGACGGCGCGCGUGGUGGUGUGGCGGGAGAUUGGCGUGCAGCGCAGCUACACCAUGGAGAGUACCGUUUGCGGUUGCGACCAGGGCAAAUAUAAGGGUUUUCAGAUUGGUACCAGGGAGCUGGAAGAGAUGGGAGCUCAGUUCUGUGUGGCCCUUCUAAGGCUCAAGAGAAUGACGGGAAUUCACAGCCAUCAGCACCUGCUGGACCUCGAGAGCGACCUCAUCGGGACACAGCCUAAAGUAGUCAGCAGCUGCCCCACCACCUACGUCAUGGAUGAGGAUGAGCCAUCCUUCCUGGAGGCGGUGGAUUACAGCGCCGAGAGCAACGACGAGGACACGGAGGUGGACCUGGGGGCCGCCGCCGCCUCUGCCACCACAGACACCGGCGAAGUUCCGGAGCUGCUGUCAGACUCCGAGAACAAACGUGACGCUUGGAAAUCUGAGCCUGUCACUAGCAGCCAAUGACUGUUUAAAACAAACAUUUAUUUAUUUAUUUAUUCAUCCUCUCCCCCCCCCCGAGCAGUUUCAAUUCCAAAACUACUGAAGGUAACAACACUCACAUUUUAGAUUUUAUUUUUACUGUCGAUGUCUCUGUCUCGAAGGCUGGAUUUACACUGCAAAUAUGACUGUUUUACCUUUACUUGAAUCCACGCAUGCGCGUAAACAAGUGUGAACAUAGGACAGUGACAGCGCUAAUUAGCAUAAGACAAAUGUUAACUGUUGCACUUUAGUCGACCAGUGCUGACUAAACACAGAAGGUCUGCACAAAGUGCUCUGAAUUGGUUUCACCCCACAUUCACAAUCAAAAGUUUGUUGGUCUUUUCUUAAAAAAUAUAUACAAAUAAAAUAUAAUAAUGUUUAAUAAAAUAUAAUAAGAAUUUUAAAUAAUACAAUACAAUAGCUGGUAUUUGAACUUUUUUUUAAUAAAUACUGUUCAUUCUUCUCAAAGUUUUUUGAAAAGGUUAUUUAGACUCAAGGUGUAGUCUAGGACAGUAUAAGACCUGGUGUAAGUGUACCGGUAAUUUAGCCAUGUCUGCCCUAGUGCUGAAUGGUGAUAUUCCAUCUUAAAACUACAGUCGAUAAUAUUCAUUCAUUUUAUUUUUCUUUCUUCUUUCUGUACAAUAUAUUUUUUAAUAUUCUGCAUUUUUAUUUUUUUCCCCCAGGAUUUUUAAAAUUAAUUUUGCCCGUAAUGAAUGUAUCAGAUUUUUAAAUGUAUUUAUUUUCAAGGGGCCACUCAGAGAGUGUGAUGGACAAGUGAGCUGCCCGUUUGUCCAUCACUGUCCUAAAUAGUACUGAAAGUUUAAAAUGACUUAAGAAUUACGCUCCAAAACUAGACAUUUUUCAUCCCAGCCUGCCAAGUACACCAUUAAAUGCACAUUUUUAAUGUACGACUGAACUCACUCUCUGUGAGGCAUCCACUGCGAAACACCGCCUACACACCUGUAAUUUAGCAUAUCUGGACUUCACUUAAUGCCGCAUGCUUUGCCUCUAAUAGGUUAUUUUAUUUGUUUGGGUCAAAAUGCGUGUGUACACAUGCCAUCCAUUUGCUGUAUCUUGACGACCUCACAUAGCCCUCGCUUGACCCAUGUAGUGUAAAUCCAGCCUUAAAGCCGGUCACGGCAUAAAAAACUCUGCAACCGCAGGUCCUUUUGACCUGCUGUUUGGUGCACCACUGAAGACAACCCCCCCCCCCCCCCACACACACACACACGAAUGGGAGCAGUUACAUUCACCGCAGAUCACUUCUUGGACUUGCUCAUAAAUUUGCCUCCGUAAUGACCCCCCCGGGGUGAUAUCGCAGGCUUGCAAGGGCCUUCGUCAUGACACCAAAGCUUCCCAGACUACCGAAACGCAUGCCUUCUCAUGCUUCGCCUGCUCUUUAACUUGUUUACUCCCCACUUACUGUCUUAACGUGAGCUGUGGCGGAAAUCUCUACGACUGAACCAAGUGUCCCCCUUGUAGAAAGACGCUUGAUGAAACUUGGCCUCGCAAGCAUCCCUCCGCCCCCUUUAAGUGUGUUGCACAUACAGCGGAACCUUGAAAAUGGAACACCUCUGAUGUUAUAAAAGUCAGAAUUCCACCAGAAAUGUUGUGGAUACAUUUCCACACCAUCUUACAACAUCUCAUGUGAGAUCUCAGAUCAGUGAACUUUUUUUAUUGGUCACUUGGGGGUGCGCAAUUUAGGGGUCCAACAUUGCAAAGGAAAAAAAGACUAGGGGCGGAAUUACUGCUUUUUGUAAAAUAAAAUGUCAUCCAUCCAUUUUAUCUAGUGCGUACCCUGUUUAGUUAUGUCAAAACAUCAAAAUAUAAAAAGGCCAUGCUCUAUUAUACAUUAAAAAAUAGUCUUAAAAAAUUUCUCCGCAAUUUUAAAAAUCAUAUUACCGUAUUGUCACGAUUAUAAGACGACCCCCUUUUUCAAAACUCAAGUUUCAAAAACAACUUUUUGAACACCAAAUUAAUUUUUAUACAGAAAAUAAUUACAGUACAUCUGAAACAAAUGAUUAUAACAAUAUAUUUGAGAGAAAAAGCCUGGUAUUUAACAAUAUUUGACAAAGUUUUAUUCAAUUCAAUUAUUUUGCCUCAUUCAAAUCUUAAUAUCUGAACAUUGAAAUAUGUAAAGUGCAAUCACAUUCGUAAAUGAAUGGCUUCUGGUUUUUGAAAUGUAAAUUAUAUCAGAACUUCUCCUUAGCUGCCGGUUAACCUGGCCGAUCUUCGACCCACUUUUCUCCAGAUUGUUGCUACAUUUAUCCAUUUUCUCAAUUUUUUCAGUUAUCUCCUCUAUUAUUUUCUUCUCUUUUCCUUCUUACCGCUAUUUUUUUCUUCUUCGUGCUAUCGCUAUUUUUAUUCUUCGUGACGGGUUCACUUUGGCCUGGGGAGUCAAGUUCAGCAUUCGCUUCAAUGAUAUCUGGCGGCAUCUAGCGUCGUGAAUGGGUAUAAUGUCUAGACCCCGAAUAUAAGACGAACCCCCACUUUGUCAGUCUUAUUUCAACGCAAAAAACACCGUCUUAUAUUCAGGCCAAUACGGAAGUAUUUUUCCAUACGCAUGACUGCUAAGAGAAUGCUUUUUGAGCCGUCGUCACUUGUUAAAAGUUUAGUGGGUCAUUUUCACUUUUACAUGACAAUAUGUGACAUUAAACUCUAGCCGAGCCGUCUAUAAAUAUUCAGUGACGGCCACAGUUUGACCUUGGCAGGGAUAAAUUCACUCUCCCUUCUUUAGUUUGGAAAAAAAAACUGCUUUGAGACACCAACAAAUAUGAGGUUCCUUUGUGUGCCCUUCUGCUGUUUAUGUAAGCCCCCCAAAAAUAUACAGUACCGGUAUAUAUAUAAAAUAAUGUGUUUAUAUGACACAAAUGCUGAAUGUUCACAAAGACAGUGCACUGCACAUACGUUGUAUAACACGCAGCAGUAAAUAUCGAGCUUAAAUGGGCCCACAGAUCACAUUAAUGGUGUUUGUACCUUUAUAUUUACCCACUGUGUCUAUGAAUGUAUGUUAUAUGUGUGUGUGUGCUUUUGUGUAUCGAAUAGUUCCAACUAUAACCUAUAAAUUUGUUUGACUUGCUUGUGAACAUGCAUUUUCUUUCCACUUGUUGCUUUUUACUGAGAUGUUAAUGGAGUAUUGUUUCUGGGAUGCGACCUGUGUGGAUGUAUAUUAAGCAUCUCAGCAUUGGAGUGCCUAAUUGUGUGUGUGUGUGUGUGUGUGUGUGUGCGCGCGCGCGCGCGCGUGUGUGUACACGAUUGAAGUUAUUCCAUUAUUCAGCAACACUAAUGCUUCGGCACUGUGUGUUCCCUCUCUCAAUUUGAUUACGCCUCCCCCUCCUGUCCCCCACUCUCACCCUCACUCUCGCCAUUUUCUCCCUCCAUCAAAAACCUCUCCAUCCUUUUUUUUUUUUAAACUUGCAUUUUGUUGUGUGUCUUAAUAAUGUGUGUGUGUGUGUGUGUCUGAUGAUGGUAAAACUGAAUUUUUGGCGGCCUGCUGAAAUAAAACUGUCAAAAAGAGAAGCCAGAAAUAAAAUGUGAACAUGAUCAAA